GGUACUGCUAACCAAACACAAGGAAUUGAAUUGAAGGAGUCCACUGAUGCUCACAUCAUUUCUUUGCUACAGCGUUCAAAACCAGUCAAUGUAGAAGGACGAGGUCUGUCCAACCCUCCCAUAUUUUAUUCCCACGUCGCUAGCUUGCUUAUGCUUGUUGCCCUUCCCUCUACCUUCUUCAUAUCAUUGUUGCCCCUUCUCCCUACUACUUCUUCAUUCCCCCCCUUUCCUGCUCCUACCUGCACAUACUAUUCCGACGAUCGGAUCCAACCAUGGCGGGAUAGAGCGAGAGACCCAUCGUAGAAUAGUACAAGAUGGUAGCUAGAGAAGAGCAAGUGAUGAGAGAGCUCAAGGAUAAGGGGGUACUAGUCGAGAUCCUUGACGACGAUGAGGAGAGAUCGAUCGAUAACAAGUUGCUAGACCUCAACGAGGGUUUUGAUGCGGAGAGCGAGGAAGGGGAGGUAGGUGAUGAUGAGGAAGAUGAAGGUGAAGAAGGCGACGAUGGCGGUAGCACCACAGAUGUCGGUGGGAGUGGGAGCUCAAGCAACAAUAGCAGCACCAACAACAACUCGGGGAGCAAGAAAGGAGAUAACAAGGGGGGCAGCAAGUCGGAGGGGAGCGGCGAGCAGAGGGUUCCAACGGUGCGGCAGUACAACCGGUCGAAGCUGCCACGGCUCCGGUGGACGCCUGACCUUCACAUGGCCUUCGUCCAUGCCGUCGAGAGGCUUGGUGGGCAAGAGAGAGCAACCCCUAAGCUGGUGCUUCAGAUGAUGAAUGUUAGGGGGCUCAGCAUUGCUCAUGUAAAAAGCCACCUGCAGAUGUACAGAAGCAAGAAGCUAGACCAAGACGGUCGCCCGAGAGGAGCUAUUACCUCAGUGUAUUCCCCGAUGGAUUUCCAUUUCAUGAGAGGCGAUCGGCGCUUCCACGAAAUGUCGUUCUUCCAAAGAGCGGCCGCGCUCUCCUCCUCCAAGCCCGAGCACGGCAGCUUCUUCGCGUCGAGGAACUGCAGCGCUCCGGAGCUCAGCCGGCUCUAUGGACUUCUCCAGCAUCGGCCGGCUCCGCAAACUUUCGAUUUCAGAAACUCUAGGAAUCCCGACUGGGCGUCGAGCCAGAGAGAGGCCGUAAUCUCCAGGAAGGACGUGACGCCGCCGUCGACUGCCCCGCAUCAGACGCACCCGCUUGCAGCUCCCGCGGCGCUGAGGAGCGAGAGGCGGUGGUGGCCUUUCACUGACGUGGGCGCCGCUGCCGCCACCGGCGAGCGCAGGGUGGAGACAGGACGGGAGGUAGGCUUCGCCAAUUCCAUCGGGAGCAGCUCUCGGCGGCCUCACCUAUGGGCCAUGUCCGUGUCCGGCGAUCCCCGUCUUCCGUUCAGAUGGCGACCCGGGGGUAGCAGCGGCAGAGACCCCGUCGGCUACCCCAGCAACAGCGCCAAGAUCACAACAAGAGCGUCGGAUCCUGUCGUGAUCGACGAAGCCCUAGAUGCCCAGCAGCUCGAGAGGCAGAAGCACGUAGAGCCAACAAGGGACUCUGCCACGCCGGCCUACGAGGCGUGCCGCAAGCGGUCGCCGCCGGUGGAGGCCCAAGACGGGACCGCGGACCUUCAGCUCAGCUUGUCCCCCGCCACGGUGGUGGAUGCCAAGAAGAGAAAGACCACCGCACCAAGUGAGCAGGAGAUCAUGGACACCAGCGAGCUCUCCAUCUCACUCUCACUGUCGCCGCCCGCUGCAGCUUCCAUGCAGAAGCAGCAGCAAGAAAAGACAAGGCGAAGCAACGACGGCACCGGCAGCGGGGAAGCCGUUCUUGGGCAGAGUACUUUGGAUCUGACCAUGUCGAUCAGGGCAUUGGAGUGAGAUCUUUCAAGUACUUUGUCCCAAGGCCUUCCAAAAGUUGCACACUGAACCAUGCAAUAAAACAUCGUUAAUUUAACCUUGCUUGUGUCCAGUACAUAUAGGUAUAUCAUAUGCGAAUGUCAUGCUUGGUUGUUGUUUCUAGGAAGACUACUGCCUCUCUACAUUUGGCCCUUAGUGUACUGUGUAAGUAUGCGUCAUGACCACAUGAUCGAUCCCUAGCUUUGUUCUUUUGUGGCAGCAUCUUUGGGAAACAAAACCCCAGCAAGACUACAGCGGUUUUAGUCGGUAUAGUACCAGUUGUUAUAUUAUGCAUUUGGAUGUUUAAUUUGAAAAAUUUGUAUGACCA